AUGAAUUAUUCUCAACCAAGUUCUAGUUCUAGUGUGCAAUUAUUGAGUCAGGCAAUACCUCCAGAAAACCGUGCGAAUGUCAAUCUUUCUCUUCUUAUCGACGAGCUUGACUCAGAAUCAUUUAGCACCGAUCCAGGAGAAAGAAUACCCAUUGCUAAUUAUAACCUUCAAUUACGAGAUGCGGUGAGGAGAUAUUACAUUCAAAAUGGGCCUUGUCAACCUACCAAUCAUCAAUUUCCUAAAACUACAAUAGGAGGAAGAAUGCACCAAUUUAAACCAAGUUGGUUCAAACGUUCAUUUUUAAGAUGGUUGGAGUAUAGUGUGAAAAAAGAUGUCGCAUAUUGUCUAUGUUGUUAUUUGUUCAAAAAUGAAUUCGUUCAUGAAAGUGCGGAUGAAUAUUUUACAAAAAGUAAUUUUAGGACAUGGAAUAAGGCUUUUGAAAGGUUCCAUUUGCAUGUCGGUGAGAUUAGUAGUGUCCAUAAUAAAUGUUUCAACAAGAUGCUAGAUUUGUCAAAUCAUCAUCAAUCAAUUCAAGUUGUUUUAGACAAGCAUUCAGAGAAGGUGAAAAGUGAGUACCGAAUGCGCUUGGAAGCCUCGUUUGAUGUUGCAAGACGUCUCUCGCAUCAUGGAUUACCUUUUCGAGAUCAUGACGAAAGUGAAUAUUCAACAAAUCAAGGCUUAUUUCUAAGCUUUUUGCGGUGGCAUGGGGACAAACAUCCGGAUGUGGGAAAAGUAAUAAUAGAAAAUGCUCCACAAAAUGAUACUUUAACUUGUCCUAUGAUUCAAAAGGAUAUUGUCAAUGCUUGUGCAAAAGAAACAUUGAAAUCUAUAAUUGAAGACUUGAAUAGAGAUUACUUUGGUAUAUUAGCCGAUGAAUCCAAAGAUAUCUCACACAAAGAACAAAUGGCUCUUAUUUUGCGGUAUGUUAAUAAAAAUGGUGAAGUGGUAGAACGAUUUGUUUGCCUUGUCCAUGUUAGUGAUAUAUCAGCAUACUCAUUAAAGGAAGAAAUAUAUUCUUUGCUUUCGGAUCACUCACUAAGUACAUCCAAAAUACGUGGACAAGGUUAUGAUGGAGCUAGUAAUAUGAAGGGAGAGAUAAAUGCUAUUGCUAAAAAGCAUUUGGAUGUUGAUGAAUUUUUUGAUCAUGUUACUAAUAUGUUGAAUGUUAUUGGAGGAUCUUUCAAGCGCAGAGAAUUGCUUCGUCAUCAUCAAGCUGAAGAGUUGGAGAAAUUACUCGAGUCCGGUGAAGUUAUUACCGGACAAGGAUUAAAUCAAGAAUGUGGAUUUCAAAGACUAGGUGAUACUCGUUGGGGAUCCUAUUUUAAAACAUUGGAUAACUUUAUUGCUAUUUUCUCUUCUAUUGUUCGUGUGCUUAAAUUGAUUGAGUAUGAAGGUUCUACCUCACAUGAAAGAAAUCAAGCAGAGUAUCUUUUGGGUAAGAUUAGAACAUUCAAAUUUAUUUUCGUGCUUCAUUUGAUGGUGAAAGUGUUGGCCAUAUCAAAUGAAUUGAGCAAGAUCUUACAAAAAAAGGAUCAAGAUAUUGUUAAUGUCGUGGUGUUUCUUGACAUUACAAAGAAAAGGUUGCAAGAUAUGAGGGAAACUGGAUAG